UCCUAUUUCAAAGCUUUGGAUUUUGAAAAUUUCUGAAGCAAUUGGGGAAGUGGGUGGAAUGUCGAUGGGGAGUGAUAAUACAUGGGUGGGGAAGAAGCCUCUGAGACGCAUCGGAGGCAUGUCCGAUGCUCUCUCCAUUGCUUCCGAUCUUGGCUUCUCAGUCGCCGCUGCUCCUACUCCGGAGGAGCUUCAGAAUUGGUCGAGUAGUACUGGUGAGAAAGGUGAUGACUUGAUAAGGGUUCUGAGGGAGCUUACCAGUGUGCAAAGGAAAAUAGCAGAUCUGCAAGUUGAACUUCAAGGCAGAAAAGAUGAUAAAAAUGUAUCACAUUUGACGCAUGUGAGCGAAAUGGAAAAGAAGUGUGAAACUCUAUCAAGGAUUACUACAAUAUUAAAAGAUGUCAUUCAGAACAAGGAUCGUAUCAUUGCUCGUCUCCAACAACCAUAUUCACUCGAUUGCAUUCCGGUGGAAGCAGAGUAUCAGAAACAAUUCUCUGAAUUACUGAUGAAGGCUGCUAGUGAUUAUGGAGCAUUAACAGCAUCAGUUGCCGAUUUCCAGUGGAGCCAAACAUUUAAGGAGCCUCCUUCAGUAUGGGGGGAAAUGCUACGUCCAAUUCCUGUUGCCUUAGCAUCAUGCACCCGGUUUUUCGAAGCAAUGUCUGCUAUGAGAGAGUCGUUUGCAACACUUCAACAACUCAGAGUAGGUCAUUCUGAUACCCCUUCACCUAUCACACCAGCCAAGGAUUCCAGAAGAGUACCGGGGGUUCCUGAUUGUGUAACUCCACCUCCCUGGAAAACCGAACCAAGCUUUGAUGACUUGGCUAUCAAAAGCUCAAGAAGGCCGGAUAUCAAGCAUCAAGAAGCAGAGAAUGAAGGUGAGCUGGACAGCUCUAGCCAUAGGAGAUUGUCAUGGCCUCCUUCAGUCAAAAAUGCCUAAAAACUGAGCUUUGUCGUGAGCCAAUGUAUGUUUUGAUGUGAAAUAGGUUGUGCAUUGUAAUUUAACGCAGCAGCCUCUGCUUAAACUUCCUAUAUAUAUAUAUUGAUGAUACACCUUGAAAUUCUGAACUUGAAAAACAUUAGUUUGUGCAGUAAUACAUUACAUUUGAUUCUAUUUGAAUUUUGCCAAUGUAAAUAAGUUUAUUUAAUAUCUAGUUUCU